GAGAGGGAGAGAGGGAGAGAGAGUGGGAGGGGGCAUGCAAGUGGCGCAGCAGCACUUAGGCAGAUUGGACAUCAUCUCUGGAGGUGGGAGAACGCAAGCGCACUACCGCAGCACUCAGGAGCUGAAUGAUCACCAUGGCAACAACAGCAUCAGUACCAGCACCAGCAGCAGCAUCAGCUGUGAGCCGCUCAUGCCUGUGUCAACACUGAGACCUGCUCCUGCUAUCAACGCACAUUCCCUCCCUCUCAACUUAAUGACAUAGGAUCAGAGCGGGUGCGCGGAUCACGCCUCCAGGUCGCGCAGCAGCAUCGUCGCACAAGCAGGUGAUGGAAUAGAUGAUGUCGGACGUACAGGGCACUGUGGAGUUCUCACUGGAGCUGCACAAGUUUCACAAUGUGGAUCUCUUCCAGAGAGGCUACUAUCAGGUGAGGGCAGGUCUGCGUGUGUCUCCUCGUAUUCCUCACAGAAUCACUGCCAGAACACCUGGAUACAAAGGCGAGUACAGUUUCAGCAGCGCAGGGGUUCACGAUGGCAGCGUGUUCAGUCGGAUCUUUCAGAUCCUGUACAGGAAUGAAGAGGUGACCCUGGAGGACCGCAUGAACUUCAGAGUGCACCUGCUGCUGGACGGAGAGAGGGUUGAGGAAGCUGUGAGUGAGGUGGACGUCCAGCUCAAACUAGAUCUGCACUUCACUGACAGUGAACAGCAGUGAGUAUCCUGUCAUUUUCUCCCUCUGCAUUAUCACUGCUUGUCUUCAGAAUGGCUCAUACUCUCAUGCUAUUUUUGCGGUAUAUGGUCAGAAUACUCUGCGUAGUAUGUACAUUUUCAGUUUGCAGUGAAUUACGUACUUCUUUACCCAAGUUCUGCUUGUAUAUUAAACACUGAGUACUGUAUCCCACAAUGCAAUGCA